AACACCGGUGUGGUGUGUGUGUGUGUGUGUGUGGUAGGGGUACGCAUCGCGGUGCGCACUGCAGCUCUCCUGCCUCACUGGCACUGUCCUCCGUGAUCGGUUUUAAAUACGGCAUGUUGUUUGAGUGCUGCUGUGAGCUCGCGGAACCUGCGCUUUUCCUCUAAACUCGAGAGUGGAGAAACAGCUGAUCCACGGAUGGUCGUCUGAGGCAACAAUCACCGGAGCCAAACAAGUGUUCAGCUUUUUUCCCCCAAGUGUAUCGACAUAUUUGAGGUUUUUGUGCCUCUGAGGUGCAUUUGGUCGAUGAAGGCGACUCAUCAUUGUGAUGUAUAAUGGCUCCUGUGCUGAGUGCUAUGUUGGGGUCAGGGGCCGUGGGGUCAGAGGUCGCGGGGGCAGCAGCGCUGGCUGAAGGGGAGCUGGCAGUUGUAGGCACACUCACGGCACUCACAGCUUUCCUGCUGCUUUCUGUCCUGCUGCUGCUGUGUGCAAGCUGCCAGGGGCAGAAAAAAGGGGUGCUGCCAGGAGACCAUGAAAACCUGAUGAAUGGGGUGUCAGAAAAGGAAGUAUGUAGCCAGUCAGUAGAGAGCCAUGGUACUGACUUGGCAGUCAGCAGCUCUCAUAAUGGGCCUCUUACAAGUGGUACAGUACUAACAGACACAAUAGACACAAGUCCCCAGCCUUCAGAAGACUUGUUGUCCAGCCAGUCCGAACUCAGAUCCUCAAAGUAUCACCAGGACCGCGAAUUACCCAGCAUUCCACCCACUGAUACCCUCAAAGCAGCCAUCGAUGCUCAAGUUCCCUCAGGAGAAGGCACAUAUGAGGUGGUGAAGGUCAGCGCCUCCCGUGAUGUCAGUGUUGAGGACUGUCUGUACGAGACGGUGAAAGAACUCAAAGACACUGGCCUCCCCAACGGUACACUAAGCCCAGAGGAACCCACUGCACCACUUCUUAACGGCCACCCAAGCCCCGCUACACCAGACCACACCAUGCUGCCCGAUGGUGUGGAGUAUGCCUCUGUCAACCUCAGCAAGAAGAGCCGCUACAGCGCUGAGAUGGAGGCCAGGCGCUCAGCCGCCAUUGUCAAUUUUGAAGACCCUGAGGAUGAAAAACCACCUCCUGUACCAGACAAGGUACUGGAUGAGAAUGACAACCAGCAGAUUCCGAAUGGACAGUUACACUCCCCGCUGACGACUCCAACACCUCAGGACAAUGUGUCUCCGGACAUUGAGUUAUCAGAUGUGUACUCCAAGGUAGUGAAGAAUACUAUAAAGGAAACUGAGAAUGACUACAGCAGCAUCGGGGAGAUCAAGGGAAUGGUGGCGGAGUCGACUUCCAGUGAUCUUUAUGCCACGGUUGGGGAUGAAAACCCAAUGGCUCUUGGCUCCCAGCAUCCAGAGGGGCUUACAGAGAAUACAGACCCUGGGUACGAGAGCAUCAAGAUCUUCAAAGCAUCUGAAGAGGCUCAUCAGGACAAUGGGAUAGUGGAACCUGACUAUGAGAGUGUGGAGGUACUGGGUCUCAACGUGGAGAUCUCCCGUCUCUGACCACUCAACUAAGGGACUGUGGACACUGAGAAAUCAUUUCUCUGAGGUUUAGAAGUGGAAGUUGGAGUGGUAUCGCGAGUAUAAUGCACUUAACCUUUUCCCGAUUGAAUGUUUUUGAGCAUAGCAUUUAUGCAACCGCAUUGUUUUUGAAUAUUAAAAAUGAAAGGGUUCAUUCAGACCUGUGACCCAGCACAGGAAAUGAAACACUCUAUAGUCACUCACAAGAGGGGCUAUUUUGUCACCAAACAUUAUGAAAUAGCUUACUGUAGGGAUUUAUCUAAUACAAAGGUGGUAUCUCUGUUUGUUGAGCGGGAGUUUUCUGAGCAACUACUCUGUGCUAGCAUUUGUUAUUUUUAAUGUGUUGCUGGGCUGUCAAUCUGUGCAAUGAUGGCAGUUGAUCUCCAAUACACACACCUGCUCUAAUCGCUUCCCGCAGCUUGUUCUUAUUCUAGUAAAAUCACAAAACAAAAUGUUAACAAAAGUGUCCCACUACUGAUAUCCACUAAUGUACAGCUGUAAUUAUGGUCUAUUAAAAUAAAGAGUUACAUUAGGGUGGAUUAGAACCCAAACCCCUCAUACACAAAAGAAUACUAUUUGCUAGACCAAAGAUUAAAAAAUUAACAUAUGUAUGAAUAUUAAGCCAGAAUAACAGCAGCAUUGUGAGAAUGUAACAACACAAAUGUGACUGAAAUGAGUUAACAUGAUGUUAAGACAUUUAUAAUGCUAAUGUUAUUUCAGACUACUUAUCAGAAUAGUAAAUGAUCAUGUUUAAUUAUCUUUGCAUAUCCUAAUUAAUAUACAUGAGCUAAGCCUUCACCAAGCAGCACAUCUGUGUAACCUUCUUCCCAUUUCUCCACCACUUUUCAAAAAAAGUGACGCCUAUGUCUGUGCUCUUACGAGAAAUAUUUUAUUCAUAAUGUGUACUAGUAGUUUCCAUGCUUUUGCAUGCUGCACCUGCUGUGAGCUCCGUUCUGCCUGUUUUCACGUGAUACUAGUUGAGCAACUGACAGAGUUGUGUCCUUAUAUAACCCCCAGAAGAGAACCAAUCAGAUCCUGUCAACAGCAGACCUCUCAGCUCAGUGCAUUAAGGAACUACACUUCAUUUUAAUCAUUCGGAACUGCUGGAGCAUUUACUUUCACAAGUAGUAAGCAAGCGAUGUUCACAUAACGCACAUCAAAAUAUAAAAGAGGAACAUUUAAAUGUUGCCAUCAUUCUGAGCCGUUUAACUUGUUUAUAUUCAAUAUGUCAAAUCACAGGCUCUGGUGAGGAAGUGACCUUUUAGGUACGCAAAGUUAAGCACACUCAUUUAUGAGUGUACUAAAAGGGUAUUAAUGAAAAGUUGGCCAUUAUCUAUUGCUGGUGUGAGUUCACAUCUUUUCAAUUGUUCAUUUAUUGUCAUUUCUGAUGUAAAUGAGCUAUGUUAUCAAUAUGUACUUGUGAUUUUUUUUUUUUAUUGACGCAGCUGUAUUGAUUGAGUAUCAGAUAGAGUGUAUAUUUCAGAUAUUGUUUGGUUUUUACAUGUAAUAGGUACGCGACAUUUCAAAAGGCUGAAAAGCACAGGGGAAAAGAGACAUCUUUUCAAGGUACUGCCACACUGCAGCUUUGCCUGGCAGCUUAGUAAAUGUACUUUAUUAUCAGGUAUGCAUUUAGCUGCUUUUACAUUCAUGUAGCAGUAUAAUCAAAAAGCAUAGCGCAUCCAGACACUGCAUGGGACAACUUCAUGCCAAGAGACACUUGUAAAUAUUCAAAAAACUAUUCUGAUCUGUUAAAUUUUGUCAAUAUUUAAUUAUAGUUCUGUAAUAAUUGGCAGCAGCUCUCAAAUGACAGCACGUGGAAAUUUUAUAGUUUGUUUGUAUGGAGGAGCUAAUGAAACUUUAAGGGUCAGUGGAAUACAUGCUGUUUUAUAGAUGCAUUUUUAAUUAAAGAAAGUUUAAAGGAGGUUUAUUAACAUUUAAAAGGCUAAUAACAGGGAUAUGCAUUGCUUUGUAGUUCUUUAGCACUAUUUAAAAUAUGAGGUUUAAUUAAGGACUGUGGAUGGAGUCCAGAUGUUGUCUAUGUUUGUUUGUAAUGGUACGUUGUGUUGGUACAGGUUUCGUAUUGAGAAGAUCCUUGUUUUAUUUAAUAUCAUGGUGAAACAUUGAACAUUUGGUUUCUUCCUCUAACCAAAUUCAGUGUAUUAAGUUGUAAAUAAGAAUGAAUUUUGCAUUUGUUUAUUUCAUCAUAAUCUUUGUAUUGUGGUAUUUGCUUAUUAAACAAUAUAGUCAUGCUGGACUAAUAAUAUAA